GUUAUUUGACAUUUGCCAAGGAAGGCGGCUGGAAGAUGAGCAUCAGAUGCUAGUGUAUUUAGUGUUUGAACAUGUUGAUCAAGAUUUGGCUACAUAUUUAGAAAAGUGUCCACCUACUGGCUUAACUCCUGAUAAAAUAAAAGACAUAACAUAUCAACUACUUAAUGGUUUAGAUUUCUUGCAUUUCAACCGUGUUUUGCACAGGGAUUUAAAACCUCAGAAUGUUCUGAUUUCAAAUCAGGGAAUUGUAAAAUUGGCUGACUUUGGUUUAGCUCGAAUAUACAGCGAACAAGCGACCCUGACAUCUGUGGUUGUUACAUUAUGGUAUCGUCCACCAGAAGUUCUUCUGUCUCAGACUUAUGCAUCUGCUGUUGACAUCUGGAGCUGUGGUUGUAUAUUUGCUGAAUUAUAUAGACAGAGGCCAUUAUUUCCUGGAGAAAAUGAUAUUGACCAACUAGUGAAGAUUUUUCAAAUUAUUGGCAGUCCUUUGCAAUGUGAGUGGCCAACAGACAUAUCAUUGCCAUGGACGUCUUUUAAAUUUUAUAAUGGUGUACCUAUUCGAGAUGUUGUUCCAGAAAUUUGUGCAGAUGGGGCUGACUUGCUAAAGAAUAUGUUGCUGUUUAAUCCUGCAAAAAGAAUCUCAUGUUCCGAAGCAAUGGAACAUCCCUUUUUUAAAGACUAUAAAAAAAAUUUGCCAGAUAAUUUUAAUCGCAAUUUCCUUAAGAGGUUUAAAUCCAGAACAUAUAAAGUAUGACAACCAUUCAGUUACAGAAAAGAAGAGUGGAUGGAAGUGCCAGUUAUUCAUAGCAAGAGUUUUAACACGUUUUCAAAAAAAAUGAGGGACAUAGUGCUUUUUAUGAAAGCAUUUUAUUAUAUUCAUUCUGUUACAAUAGUUAUUUGUUGCAAAAUGUUAGUUUAUUUUCUCAGUCAGUUUUGCUGUUCAUUAUUGUUGUGAACUAACUAUAUUGUGUCUGUUACUUAUUUGUUUAAUUAUUAACCAUUAGCAAGUUAUCAUUGCUAUUAGUUCAUAUAUUUAAAUAUAUCAUAUUUAAUGAUAAAAAGGGCUAUUUGACCCUCUGAGCAGUGUGGGAUUUUAAAUCUGUAUUUAAACAGCAUUUAUUAACUUAAUUUUUAUAAUUACUUAUCUUAAUCUCUAUUUUCAUAAACUUAUUCAUUAAGAUGACAUUUACAUUAUUAAAUGUAGUAAGAAAGCAAAAUAUGUUAAAUUAUAAGCUAAUAUGUGCCAACUGACAAACAAUCUUAUAACCGGAUAAAGCUAGUCAUGCUGCUUAGAGGGUUAAGUCUGAUAAGUAUAUGUAGAAAAUUUAAUGCUUUAGUAAAUAAUUGACAACUUAUAUCUAAACAUUAGUUUUACUAUAUUAUACCUAAGAAAAAUGAAGUUAUAUGAAUGUUAUAGGGAGUCUUUAAACUCUGUAUGAGAAAGCUCAGAUUAUUCAGUUGCAUACUGAAUUUGGACAUGUGUAUAUAUAUGAAUCAAUAUGAAAAAUAGUAUUGCAUCUUGGAAAUACAAAAAUGUUCAAGGAGGUUUUUAAUUAUUAUUUAUUACUAUUAUGAUUAUAAAUAUACAAAAAUUAAUUUCUAUGUGAAGUAAAUAGAAUAGGUAAUAUCUUGCAUAGAAAUCUUCUGUUACUGAAGGUUAUAAAUUAUUUAAGCUAUCUUUUUCUAUAAAAAUAAGUUUAAAAAAAUCCAACUUAUAUAUUGUGUCUUGUGUAGUAAAAAUCAGUUAUAUAUCACUUUGUAACUUUGUAUGUCUGAUAUGUAUUUGUAAUUUUCUUGCACAUUAUUAUUUUUUUCUUAAUCUUGAAAAGUUUUUUAAUGCCUGUAUCUUUUCUUUCUUAUAUUGUUUUAGUUUAUGUAUUUGUGUAAUAAAUUAGUUUUUUUUUUAUUUAUUUAACUUGUAGCAAAUAUAAAUUACACAAAGUAUUGCACUGCCUCCACUUUUAUGUAUCACAUUUGUAAUUUUAAAUUUAAAGCACAGUAAUUUUUAUAGUGAUAUAUGCAUAUAUUAUUUUAAUUUUAAUUUUUGUUAAAUAUUUUUAAUUUUUAUAUAAUUUAUUUUUUAAUGGGUACAUUAAAAUAAAUUUUUAUGAAAAGUCAAAUCAUUUUGCAUUCUGUAUUUUCACAAUAUAAGCUUCAGAACAACAAAUUUGUUAACUUUAUAUACUGUCUCCCUCUAUGUAUAUGUGUGUGUGUAUAUAAUGAACGAAAUAAACUAAGAAGUAGAACAGCAGGAAUUUUUAUGACGUAGAAACGUAGAUUGUAGAUCUGUAAUGUAGUGCAAGAAUUUGAUUGUGUAGAAUAUUAAUCUGUAAUGAAUAGGAACUUGGCAGCUGAGAUAGAUGAAAUCUUCAUUUUUACUUCAAUAAACAUGUUACAGCCACUAACAACGUGACACUUACUCGUACUUCUUUCGAAACAUUUAUUAGGAGUGUUCAAGUGAAGAGGUACGAAACAACACUAUGGAUUUACUGAAGUCUUUAUUCACAAGUAUUCACCAGAGGCCUGAACACUACUAUCCCACUGUUUCACGAGCCAAAGGAUUCGUUCUUCCCAGAAUUCCUGUAGCCGUGACAGGAGCCAGUCCUCCACUGUGUCCUUCAGUUCGUCGUCCAAGUUGAAGCACUUCCCUUUGAGAUGUGACUUCUCACCAGGUCAUUCACUUUGUCUAUAAGGUCAGCCACGAUUACCGUGUUUGCAUGGCCUGGUCUCAGGUCAUCAAUCAAACACUCCAGGCCUUUACAAAAAGUGGCACUCCACUUUCUCACUUAACUUUUCAAAUACAGUCUCCCCCAUAUACGACCAUCAUUGAGCAAUGAAUAUCGGCUGGUUUAAACCCUUCCACAGUCAGAAAUCUGAUAACACCUCACUGCUACUCAGUUCUCAAAUUUUGCAAUGUGAUUGCCAUGAUGUCCUCACAUGCAGUGCCACAUCAAUUACACGGAACACACAACUGCCAGCUUCUCUCAUGCGUUAUGUGUGGGUGCUCAUGCAUAUGCACAUCCACACUGGACAUUACAUUAGCAUCCUUAGGUGUCUCACUACGUUAUGCUAAAGUGGCAUUUUCAAAUUUCAACCGGUUUGUUUGUUAUGACAUUUUGUACCUUUUCAUUUGAACAACCCUUAUACAUUUUUUUUAUAGCUUAGAAUAGACAGAAGGCAACAGUCCAGUUAGGCCGAAGUGUAGAAAGCACAUACCUUGCGUUCAGGAUGAAAUCUGAAUUCAGAAUCAUAAAUGUUAUGCAAGAAUCAUAUAACAUGGAUUAGUCUCGAAAUGAUGCACUGCAAAAAGAGAAUGCUAUUUUUAGAACACAGAGGGGGAAAUUAAUUUCAGCAUUAAAGAGACUAUUGCUAAUUUAAAUUAUAUUACACACACACACACACAUAUGUGUGUGUAUAUAUAUAUAUCAAGAGAUAAUUAAAUCAAAAAAGUGAUAAACUGUAUAAUAGGGUAGAAAUUAAAUCAAAACUGAAACAUGAAACAAAAACAAAAAAGAAUAACAUAGUAAACAAUUGAAAUUUCUUUGGUCAUUUUCAUUCAGAUCAUUUUCAAAAUAAAUUCAUAAAAUAAAUCCAAAAGUGAGUGUAAAAGUAAACUAAUUUAAAGCAAUAUGGCAAGGUCGUAAUUUUUUUUUUUUUUUCUUUACAUAAAACUGUAAAUUUAUUGAAAAAUGUUAAUAAAAAUUACAAUAAAAAAUGUUUAAUCAGCCGUGCGAAUCCACUUAAAUAAUAUAAAAAAUUAAACAGAGUAAUUAUAAGAGAGUAAGAGUAUAAUAUUAGAGUUUUUGGAAUUAGAAACUAGAAUAGCAGUUUAGUAAUCUUUUAUUUCUCACAGUGCAUUUCUAUGCCGAUUUCCUUUCUAGCAAAGACUAUAAUAAAAAGAGUACUGAAAAAUUCCCAUAGCACACUGUCAAGUGGAAGUUUCCAGGAGUUUUAAAUUCUGUAACUGCAUUAUUAUCUUCUAUCAGUAGACUGAGGCCAAUUAGAAAUUCAUAUCACUCACAUUGACAGAAAAAAAGCUCUGUCCUUUUUUUUUUUUUUUUUUUCUGAGCUAGCAGUGCUGUAGAUAUCAGAAUAAAAAACUGCAUGUCAGAGUUUAACCUUCAAACUAGUUCUGAGACGUAUUUCUAGCAAAAAUUACCAGUUGCUUUUCACAUCCUUCAGUGUGAUUUCCUUUAUAAAAAGCUUAAACUAAUAAAAUUUGUUUAACAACAGAUGGAACUGCCAAUCUUAAUCUGUUUUUAAAGUCUGAGUUAUAGGUAGAUUUUUUUUCAAAUAAAGAGUGCAAGCAAGUGAAGCAAAAGAAUUCAGGCACUAAUACUGAAUGUGAAAUUAUAAUUAUGCAUGAAUAUAGUAAAAUUAGUAAUGCUUUUCAGUUACUUAUUCCAGCCUUUCUUAAAUUUUAACUGAAAUCACUAACUGCAAAAACAAAUGCAGAAUCACUUUAACAAUAAUAACUGUCUAAUUUAUCGAAAAGUGAUGAAAACAUUGACAUUUCUUUCUUUCUUUUUUUUUUUUUUUUAUUUUUUUUUAUUUAUUUAUUUAGCUUCAAAAAAUGAUAUUGCUGAAAAUACUGUUGCAUAAAUAUAUUACUUUGGAAUUAUAAAGUUGCUAUCAUUUGCUUUCUCUUCCUCUUUUCUGAAAUUUCUGUUAGGUGAUUUGAACCUAGGUUAAGCUGCAUGGAGCUGCAAUAACAGAAGUUUAAGUUUUCAUAACUUGGUUAAAUAAUGUUGCAAUUUUCUACUGUUUUAAUUGGUGUAAUUUUCUGUAGAAAAAAAAGGGGCAUUAAAUUUAUGUAAUACUUUUCAUGAAAACAGUAUAAAUAUCAUUAAUAAAAACGAUGUCUUCCUUCAAGUAGAGUUUUGCUUGAUUAUAUAAUAAUAAAUCAGUUAUACAUAUUUUAAAUAAGUUUUGUUUGCAUUUAAAUCACUAGCUUAGAUCCCCCCCAUUAAUUCUGAAAUUUUAAAUGAAAUAUGCUUUGUUAAAGGUUUUUAGGACAUUUGUUUUUCCUGCAAGUAGCUAAUUCAUAAUCUUACAUUAAAAGACUAAUUACUGAAUUAAUAAGAUUAAUUCAGAUGAGGCUGCAUUUAUGUAUGUAGAAAUUUUAGAAAUUAUUUAAAUUAAAAUUGAUGGUAUUGCCUUGAUAAAUUGAGAGCUGCAUCGUUUUAAAAGUCAUCUUGAUCAAAAUUAUAGGUAUUAUGAAUAAAAACAAAAAUUACCUGACCCUUAAAUGUAAUACAGUAAUAUUUUAGCGUAAACUUAUAAUGAGGCAUGCUUUUGUUUAUUUGUUGUGUCUUAAAUUUAUUUACUAAAUCUACUUACAUAUAUUGACCCAAUUAAUUAAAUACAAUGUGAUGUAAAUUUAUGUAUUGUAUAUUGUUGAAUUUUUCAAAUAAUCAUCUCUGAAUACUGUAAUAUUUGUGAUCUCAAUUAUAUCAUUUAAAUAUUUUAUUUUCAAGUAUAAAUUGUCUUAUAUGUUACAUUUUAUUCAUGUAUUCUUUUUUUGUUAAAGGACUAUUUCUAAAUACACUUCGUAUCCAGGGAAAUAUUUUUUAUUCAUAAUUUAUUUCAAUAUCAUCUUUAUUUCAAUAUCAUUCAUAGUUUAUUUUCAAUAUCAUCUGAUACUUUUUGAAUUCAUUUGUAUUUUAAAAAACUCUGUACAUUAAGAAGCCAUAGCUUUAGCAUGUCAGUUAGAUAAAUAUUGGAGUUAAGAAUUAUGCAUUGAUUUUCUGAUAGUCAGUUUCAUGUUGUAGCCAUGUAAUGAAGUCUAUUUUUAUACUGCCAAAUGUUUGCUACCUCUUGUUGAAAAACAUUGUUAGCAAUAAGUUAAUAAAUUUCAUUUGUAUACUUCU